CUCUGUGAAUAUGGAGUCGACACGCCAUUGAUCACUCUACUCUCUCUCACUAGCCCUGACCUCACUCUCUCUCUGUCUCUCUCUAGUCACGCCGAUGGAACCCUUCUCGUCCUCCGUACUCAGCUUCCUGCUUCAUCCUCUCCCACCAUUGUUGCAGUGAGAGCUCCUCUCAUACCGUGUCUUCUUCUCUGUGACGACGACGGCCGGCCAUGGCAGCUGCUUUCAAGCUCUUGUUGCUCUUUUCAUUCACGGCGCUCUCUGUGAUCGCUUCCCCCGCCAUUUCUUCGGACCCAGAGAAAGAGUUCCUUCUCGCCUUCAAGCACGCCCUCGAGAACCCGCAGGCCCUCUCUCCUUGGAACACGACGAGGCCCCACUGCGAGUGGAAGGGCGUCGUCUGCAGGGCCGGCCUGGUCGUGUCGCUCCGCCUACCGGCUCAGUCUCUCAGGGGCCGCCUCUCCUCCUGGCUGUUCUCGCUCUUGGGCCUCACGGUGCUUGACCUCUCCGACAACGCUCUGCAUGGGGAAGUGCCUGAGAAGGUGGCCAACCUCAGGAGAUUAAAGGAGCUGUCUUUGACAGGGAACCAGCUUUCCGGCGAGAUACCGGGUCGACUCGGUGAGUUGACCGAGCUCGAGACGCUGAAGCUGGGGUCGAACAGGCUGACGGGGAAGAUCCCACCGGAGCUCGGGAAGCUGGCGCGUCUCCAGCAGCUGGCCUUAUCAAACAAUGGGCUCUCCGGCGCCAUCCCGAGUAAGCUUGGUGGGCUGACUCAACUCCAGUCCUUGGACCUUUCCAGCAACGGCCUCUCAGGUUCCGUUCCUCCGAGCUUCUUCACGGCACUCUUGUCUUUAUCCUCCCUCGACAUUUCGAACAACACCUUCUCCGGCGAAAUCCCGCCGGAAAUCGGCAACUUGAAGAAUCUGACGUACCUUUACAUCGGCAUGAACAAAUUCUCCGGUCCACUGCCUCCCCAGAUAGGUGAUCUGUCCAGACUCGAGAUCUUCUACUCGACUUAUUGUUCGAUAACGGGGCCAUUACCUGAGGAGAUGUUCAAACUCAAAUCACUCAGAAAGCUUGACCUUUCGAAUAAUCCCUUGAGGUGCCCAAUCCCGAAAUCCAUAGGGAACCUGCAGAACCUGACCAUACUUAAUCUUGUCAAUGCCGAGCUUAAUGGCACGGUCCCGAGCGAGCUUGGGAGCUGCAGAACUUUGAACGCUUUGGAUCUUUCCUUCAAUUUUCUGACCGGGUCUCCGCCGGAGGAGCUGUCUCAGCUCCCCAUCAUGUUGUUGGCGGCUGAACGGAACCAGCUUACGGGUCCACUACCCUCUUGGUUAGGGAAGUUGGAGUUGGCGGACUCCAUUCUGCUGUCAAGCAACCAGUUUUCUGGGGCGAUCCCGCGUGAAAUAGGUAACUGUUCUAAGCUUACGCACCUAAGUCUGAGCAGUAACAAGUUGACAGGGCCAAUUCCAAGUGAAAUUUGCAACUCGGGAUCCCUGCUAGAGAUCGAACUUGAAAGCAACUCCUUAUCAGGGACUAUCGAUGAUGUAUUUGUAAAUUGCGGGAAUCUGACCCAGCUGCUUCUAGUGAAUAAUCUAAUCAGCGGUUCCAUCCCUGAGUAUAUAUCGCAGCUUCCACUCAUGCUGCUCGACAUCGACUCCAACAGUUUCUCGGGAUCCAUACCGGUGAGUCUGUGGAGUACUGAAUAUCUCAUGGAGUUCUCUGCGGCAAACAAUCUCUUGGAAGGAACUCUCCCUCCCGAGAUUGGUAAAGGUGCUGCCUUGCAAAGACUCGUCCUUAGUAACAACCUGCUGAAUGGAAGCAUACCCGAGGAGAUUGGGAAUUUGGGUUCUCUAUCGGUUCUUAAUCUGAACUCGAAUCAGCUCAAAGGCGCUAUUCCUCUCCAACUCGGUGAGUGUAGUUCCCUCACCACACUGGACCUUGGGAAUAACCGCCUCAGUGGGUUGAUUCCAAAUACUCUUGUAGAUUUGUCUCAGCUGCAGUGCCUGGUUCUUUCUCAUAAUAAUUUAUCUGGACCGAUACCGUCAAAGCCUUCCUUGUACUUUCGGCAGGUCAGCAUUCCUGACUUGAGCUUUGUUCAGCACCGUGGACUGUAUGAUCUAUCGCAUAAUAAAUUAUCCGGUCCGAUCCCUGAAGAAUUGGGGAGCUGUGGGGUCCUUGUGGAUCUCCUACUCAGCAACAACAACCUUAGUGGCAAAAUUCCUGGUUCUUUGUCCCGGUUAACAAAUCUGACAACCUUGGACUUGUCAGGAAAUUUGCUGUCCGGUGAAAUUCCUCCUGAACUUGGAGACUCCAGCAAGCUUCAAGGCCUGUACCUUGGAUACAAUCAGCUCAGGGGCCCCAUCCCCGGAGCCUUGGGCCGUCUGAGUAGUUUGGUGAAGCUGAAUCUCACGGGUAACAGGUUUUCAGGCUCAGUUCCCUCUGCUUUCGGGAAUUUGAAGGGGCUGACUCACUUGGACCUGAGCUUUAAUAAUCUCGAGGGGGAAUUGCCUCCAUCUCUAUCCCAAAUGCAGAACCUCGUGGGACUCUACGUUCAGGACAACAAGCUCUGUGGUGGGCUCAAUGAUGUCUUCUUGAACUUCAUGUCUUGGAGGAUUGAGUCUGUGAACUUGAGCAACAACAUCUUCAAUGGUAAGUUGCCUGCUUCUUUGGGCAACCUCUCGUACUUGACAAACUUGGAUCUUCAUCAAAACACGUUUACUGGUGAGAUCCCUCUGGAGCUGGGCAAUCUGAUGCAGCUCGAGUACCUCGAUCUUUCCAGGAAUGAGCUUUCUGGACUUUUCCCGGACAACUUAUGCAGCCUCAGCAGUCUGAGAUAUAUGAAUAUGGCGGAAAAUGCCCUUGAAGGGCGAGUGCCUCGGGUUGGCAUUUGCCACAACUUGUCAAAGAACGAACUUGCUGGCAACAAAGAUCUGUGUGGGAGUAUUGUUGAUUCCCAUUGUCAGGUCAGAAGUUUCGGAGGCAGAUCGUUCUUAAAUGCUUGGGGCAUUUCAGGAAUUGGGAUUGGUAUUACGAUCAUUGUACUUUGCAUUGCAUUUGCUCUAUGGAGAUGUGUUACCGGAAGCAGCAAGGAAUUUGAUCCCGAGGGAAUGGAGGUGGGCAAAUUAAGUAGCUUCAUUGACCCAAACCUCUAUUUCCUGGGAAGCAGCAGGUCCCGGGAACCUCUGAGCAUCAACGUGGCUAUGUUUGAGCGGCCGCUUCUGAAGCUGACCUUAGUGGACAUCCUUGAAGCCACGAAUAAUUUCUGUAAGACAAACAUUAUUGGUGAUGGUGGUUUCGGGACAGUAUAUAAAGCCACUCUCCCAGAUGGAAGAACCGUUGCUGUGAAGAAGCUUAGCCAAGCGAAGACGCAGGGUCACCGGGAAUUCACAGCUGAGAUGGAGACUCUGGGCAAAGUGAAGCACCGGAACCUUGUCCCACUUCUCGGGUACUGCUCCUAUGGGGAGGAGAAGCUUCUCGUGUACGAGUACAUGGUGAACGGGAGCUUAGACCUGUGGCUCAGGAACCGAACCGGGACACUCGAGAUCCUGAACUGGGCCAAGCGGUUGAAGAUUGCUGCUGGGGCUGCAAGGGGACUGGCAUUUCUCCACCACGGUUUCAUUCCACACAUCAUCCACCGAGAUAUUAAAGCGAGCAACAUUCUUCUCAAUGAGGAUUUUGAGCCGAAAGUUGCAGAUUUUGGCUUGGCAAGGCUGAUCAGUGCCUGUGAGACCCACGUCACGACUGAGAUCGCGGGAACUUUCGGGUACAUUCCACCCGAGUAUGGUCAGAGUGGGAGGUCCACCAUCAAGGGAGAUGUCUAUAGCUUUGGUGUGAUUCUACUUGAACUGGUGACAGGGAAGGAGCCCACAGGGCCCGACUUCAAGGAGAUCGAAGGCGGAAAUCUGGUAGGGUGGGUGUUUGAGAAGAUUAAGAAGAGGCAGGCCGUGGACGUUCUUGACCCGAUCAUUCUCAGUGGGGACUCGAAGCAGGCGAUGCUUCAAGUUCUGCAGAUCUCUGCCGUGUGCCUUUCAGAUAACCCAGCUAACAGGCCUACGAUGCUUCAAGUGCUUAAGUUCCUCAAAGGGAUUGAAGAAAAGUUGGUUUAGAUGCAGAUUGUGCACUAGCAGCCCUGUUAGAGGGAUUAAAGAAAAGACUCUUAAAUCAGUGGAAUCUGGGAUCAAGAAUCAAGGAUCAAUCGUAGUAGUAGUUUGACUUGGUAGAAUCGGGAUGGAAUCAAGAAUCUAGCUGUAAUAGUAGUUUCGACUCUGAUAAUGAAGCUGUUUCGACUCUGAUAAUCAAGCUGUAAUACUAGUUUCGUCUCUGAUAAUCUUUGUACUUGUUUGAUCCAACUCCUUGUUACAAAGUGGUGCAUUCUCUGUCUUGGCCAA